UGCAACGCGACCCUCCAUGACAUCCUGUCUGUCAUUAAAGGUCAUGUACCUGAGGGACACAAGUUUAGCCCAGAUCAGCCAGUGAGGUCUGAGACUGUGGGCUAUGUGAAGAGGCCAAGCCUCAAAGACAAGAUCCAUUGUGUGGCCUUUGUGGUGGACGCCUCUAAAAUCCUGACCUACUCCAAACGCUUCAGCAUCACCUUCCAGAAUCUCCGAGAGCACAUCAGUGACCUGGGUGUCCACCAGGUGGCUCUGCUGACCCACAUAGACAAAAUAUGUCGAGAAACAGCCAAAGAUGUCACUCAGGUUUACAAGAGCCUCAUCAUUCGCAACACGAUGAGCAAAGUUCAGCCUCUUCUCUUAGUAGAAGUGAACCAUCAAACUGUAGAAAAACAUGUUAUGUUUCAUUGA